AUGGACGAUACUGAUAUCGAACGAUUGUACUUUGCAACACCAUUGCUUACACCACAUCUUAGUGAUUCCAAUGCAUCAGAUUAUUUUGACUUGGAUUGUUCGUAUUCAAGUAGAGAUCAUCAGCAACGCAUGGCAAAUAUACCAAAAGAUCUACAAAAAGUAGCUGAUCUAUGUCUUCAAUUAGAAAAAUUUCAUAAAACUUAUUUGGAUGAUAAUAAUGAAAGCGAAUCUGAUGUACAAGAUCAACGACCAACAGAAGCUGCUGAUGCUAGUGAGAUUGCUUCAAAUACUCAAACAACUACAAUCAAUACUAUUGAUAAGCAUGAUGAUGAUAGUUUUACAAUUGUCCAAGAAAACAAUCCAUGUGAAGAGAGUUUUUCUAGUGUAAUGUCAGAUACUGAAUUAAUACCGAUAGAAGAACCGUUUAAGCGGCCAGUGCUUAACUAUAGUCGUAGUUUAUGUCUCGCAUACACAGGUACACAAGAUGAAACAUCAAUUAUCAAAGAAACAUUGACAACAACAUCAGAUAUAUCGUUGGAAUUCACUGGAAUUGUAGCGAAAGAUAAAAAUGAUAUUGGACAUAUUCUGAUAAGUUAUAAUCAUUCAACGGCAAUAAUUUGUUCGAAAAUCGCUAAACAGUUGAAAAAUCUUAAUUAUAAUGUUUGGAUUGAUCGAGAUAAUAUAUCCGGUGAUAUUUUUACGUCUAUGGCAUCAGCUGUCGAAAAUUGUUUUGUUGUUUUAAUGGCAGUUAAUGAACCGUAUUAUCAGAGUCGAUAUUGCCGAUUAGAGGCUGAAUAUUCCGUUGAAAGAAAUAAAGCAUCAAUUCCGAUGUUAAUGCAAGCAAGUUACAAAUCACGAGGAUGGCUUGGCAUAAUCAACGGUUCUAAACUUCAAAUCGAUUUUUCCACAAUAUCAUUUGAUGAAGCAUUUAAUUUAUUAGUAAGAGAAAUCGAAGCUGUUAGAAUUUCGUUGGGAGCUGAUGAAAAUUUCCAAAAUGCUGCAACACCUAUCAAUAAUCAGCUAAUAACUACAAUGGACAAUUCAUGGUUUCAUUCACAGAAUGUCCAAGAUUGGAGUACUAAUGAUGUUAUUGAAUGGUUAAAUCGAGAAAAACUCGACAUGUUUGAAGAUGCUUUAAGAAAUUUUACUGGUAAAACACUGUGGCAAUUAUAUAAAAUAAAAUUGAAUUCACCAACAGAUUAUUAUCGAAUGAUUGAGUCAUUGCUUUUCCCCACAAUCCCACUUCGAAUUUUUCAUAAUUUGACAUUCGACUCAGCACUUGAAUCAAUUUUUUCAUCGUUUAUUCAAGCAAUGCGUCGGUAA